AUUUUCCUACAUCCGGAUCCGGUCCGACGCAUUUCUCGAUCCCCGUUCAAAGACAAAACCGGUUCCGCGCAUGUCACCGUUGUUAGAGGAGGAUUUGAACAGGCAAGCGAGAAUUUUCUUUAAAUGACAAAACAGAUGGCCCUGAAUGACUGAACAUCGUUCGCGGUUGAACGGACCAACCGUCAACAUACGCCUCAGGAUUCUUCGUCGACUUUUAAUAUGGGAGUAAUACUGCGCAACCUCCAGAAGGUGGUGCCUCUUCGCCGCGCCAGACUGCGUAAAGAUGUGGACACUCUGAGACACAUACUGGGCAUCCAGAAAUUUGACUUGGGCGUCAUCUGCGUGGACAACCAGAGGAUCCAGCAAAUUAAUAGCAUUUACAGAAAGAAAAACCUCCCGACGGAUGUCCUCUCGUUUCCAUUCUACGAGGACCUGAGACCUGGUAAGCUGCCUUGCCCCCUUCACAGAGAUGAGCUGAACCUGGGGGACAUUUUCCUUGGGGUCGAGUUUGUAAUGAACCAGUGUCGUGAGGAAUCCCUAGAUCUACAUGGUGCUCUUACUGUCGUCACAGCACACGGCAUCUGCCACCUGUUGGGCUACAGACAUGAGACAGAGGAAGAAUGGACUGAGAUGCUGCAGAGAGAAAGCUACAUUCUAAGCGAGUACAACAGACUUACAGGUCGACAUCUGGAGCCACUGAUGAAGAGAUGCAGUCAAGACAGGUGACACUGACUGCCACCUGCUAACAUCUUCAGUGUUCUAGAAGCUUGAUGUUGCCUUUGCACUGUCCCAGUGGACAACUGUUUUCCUCACCAUCGUGAUUCCUAAAUAUAAGGACACCAACUGCUGUCUUCUUCACAUUUGGUAUUAUGCACGGUUUUUCAGGACUUCAGUGAACUGGCAGCAAACUUACAGCACUUUGACUGCAGAUAACCAUCUGAAACACUGGAAGUGAGUGUUGUUGAAUGUUUGAGACAUCAAAUUAAAAAAUAACAAGAAAAAGACUGUA